AUGUCUCCAAGCGCCCUGGAAGAUCUCUACAACCAAUUCAAAUCCUGGAACGAGGAAUACUCCACCAAUGCCCUGCGCAGUCUUUCGCAACCUUCGGAGAACAGGGCCCCGCCUCCCGUUUUACCACCCCAGCGUGUGGUCAGAGGCGACAAACCCAAGGCCCACGAGGGCGAGACAUUCACGAUUAGGGAUGUGGAAAAUCAGACAGAGACGCGGGCUGAUGUCCAGAUCGUCGAUGUCAACCCAAGUUUCCGCCCGCAUGCGAGCUAUGAAGUUUGCACGCCCUCUGACAGGAAUUUUAUCGUCGGGGAUGACCCGAAACCUAUGCUUUUCCGACCUUUCUCGGACGAUCCUACGUUCAAUCAUCAAGGCUACGACGAGGAGUACGAGGUAUACGCCUGGGACCAUCUUCCCGACCCAGAUUUAGAACUCUUGUCGGCGGAGAUAAUGUCAAGGUUCGACCUUUCGCCUUGUGAUAUUGAUGUAAUGGGCUUGCCAAAAGGCGUCAAGACCCGAAGAGACCACGCAGAGUUGCCGGCGGGAUGGAAGCAUCCUGCUGCAGACGACGCGUCACACAGUGGUGCAGGACCGCGGGAGCAGCUGCAGAGGCUCGCACUCUACUUCUGCAACAAUCCGAAUUGUUUGACAGGUUAUUGUACCGUUCACGAGGAGAUGCCACUUCUACACCCAGUCGCGCCAAGCGUCUCCGACGACACCCUCGCCAACUCUACGCCAGAGGCCUGCGGCGAGAAUUGUUUUCUCUUGAAACUCUCUACGCGACCUGUGCCCGAUCCUUGGACCGAUAACGAUGUGGAAAUGCUGGAGGUAGUGCUCGAACAAUCGCCAGAUGCACUUCCUUGCGAUCUUGCCGUCAUAUGUCGCAAGCCAUGCUAUGAGGUUUCAAAACGCCGUCGGGAAUAUUUUGCAAUCCACAAACCGGAGAAGUCCCGCCGGCGUCCGCACCCUCCACGUUUCAAUGACCUAGAAUCAAGUCAAUUCACACCGUACGACUUGGUCAUUUCUCUCUCGGAUCGCCCUGAUGGUCCCGCAGGAAUCUGCCAUGUGGCCACGAAGGCCCCUGUGACUCCUCGUCCAACUGCGUCUGCUGGCAAAACGAUGCGCACUAGAUUCCAGGCAUACGCCAGCGGAAAGGUUGCAGUUGCACUGGAAGGAAAGGGAAGAGGACGUGCAGCAAGGGCUGCUCGUGCUACGAUUCCCAUUUGGAAUGUGAUCCGCGAUUAUGUCUGCGCUGCUGUGCAAAAGGUUGACCCGACUGGAAGCAAGAGCUGUCGGAAUGCAGUCGAAGUUCGUCAAACUCGAUGGGGCUUGGGACUUUUCCUUCUCGAAGAUGCGGAUGAAGACGAGCUUGUACUUGAGUAUACAGGUGAACUAAUCUUCGAGCCAACCACCAAGUCCAGAGACCACAUCGUAACCCAUCGAGAGCGUGGAUAUCUAUUUCAGCUCAACUCGACUGUAUCGGUGGAUAGUUCGUUUCUUGGGACUGCUGGCCGGUAUAUCAACCACGACGAAACACCGAACUGCAAAGCCAACAUCCGACUUGUCAACGGUGAACACCGCAUUGGAGUCUUCACACUGAAACCCCUGAAGAAAGGGACAGAGAUUCUUUUUGAUUAUGGGCCGUCGUUCUUCAUGUCACAGAACUCUGGCCAGGAAUCACGGAAGGUCGGAACGGCCAAAGGUCCGUUAGACAUCCCGGAAGAUGCCUCCGAUUCUUCAUACCACGAAGAAUGUGAGGAAUCAGAUAUAUGAACUAGUAGAUGGGCCUUACGUGGUACCUUUGACAUCGAUAUCCUACUCCCACACUUACAUUCGAUCAGCCAGGCUCUCGAAAUGACCAAGAGGUGGAUAUCCCUCUUUCGAAUUUGCCUUGAAGUUCGGUCUCUCAUUGGCUCCGAUUCGAUCGGGCGAAAUAGGCGCCGGCGGCGUUGGGUUGAAAAUGAAAGCGCGCGAUCGGUUCUUGGUUACAACCACGCACAAGGC